AUGAUUAGCUUGAAGCCAGGGGUUGACAAAGUGCCAUUCGAUGGGAAAUACCUUCUUCCAAUGGAUUUCAAGUCAGUUUGGGAAGCCAUGGAGGAGUGUUAUAAAUUGGGGCUCUCAAAAAAUAUUGGAUUGAGCAACUUCUCCUGCAAGAAGCUCAACCUGUUACUUGCUACAGCAAAGAUCCCUCCCGCAGUAAAUCAAGUUAGUCUCCUAGCAUCGAAUUAA